UAACACUAACACACAAAAUUCAAGAAAAAAAAUAAAUAAUAAAAACAACCAAAAGAGUGAGUGAGUACACCAGCAGAGCAAGUGUGCAAAAUCCAAAGUAAUAAUGCUUGAAGAAAAAGCUCUCUCAAUGAGAAGACCAACACCUCACACCGAUGAAGAAGAAGUAGAAAACAAUAACCACCACCAUUUCACAGACGAAUCCAAAACCAACAAAAAACACCACUUCCCGAUCCGGAUCUCAAACUACUUGACCCGAACCGGAUACAUUUGCCCUAUCAUUCUUCUCACUCUCAUUAUCCUCUUUCUCAUCUCAUCUUACUUCCUUCGAUCUCGCGAUUUGUUAUGUGUUUCUUCUGUUUCCUCUUUCGAUCGCCUUGCCAGAAAUCGGUUUUUCGGAUUGGAUGGACUUGAUUCCGAUUUCGGUUCCCUUGGUGUUCCGUGGUGCAGAUCGAAAGAUGGAAAAUCUGUCGAGUGGACAUCUAAGGAUUUGCUCCAAGGCCUUCAAGAGUUUGUACCAAUAUAUGAAACACGCCCCAUUAAGAAUAACAUGUAUGGGAUGGGUUUUGAUCACAGCUUUGGCCUCUGGUUCAUUGCACGAUGGCUGAAGCCAGAUCUAAUGAUUGAGAGUGGGGCUUUCAAGGGGCACUCGACCUGGGUUUUGAGGCAAGCAAUGCCGAACACCCGAAUUAUCUCAGUUACUCCUCGCCAUCCGGAGAAGUACCUUAAAAAGGGGCCGGCAUAUGUUGAUGAAAAUUGCACAUAUUUUGCUGGGAAAGACUUCAAAGAUUUUGGGAGUGUUGAUUGGGCAACUGUGAUGAAGAAGCAUGGUGUAAUUGAUCUCAGUCGAGUUCUUAUAUUUUUUGAUGAUCAUCAAAAUGAGUUAAAAAGAUUAAAGCAGGCACUGAAAGCUGGUUUCUCUAAUCUUGUCUUUGAGGACAACUAUGAUACAGGAACCGGAGAUCAUUAUUCCUUGAGACAAAUUUGUGACCAGUUUUACAUACAAGGAGGUGGUCAUAGCUGCUUUGACGAUAGUGAUGAAGCUAGGAUAAGGUCAAAAAGGACGAAGUUCUGGGAAAAGGCAGUGGAUACUCGAGAACUAUGUGGGCCUGGAGAAGCAUGGUGGGGAGUUAGAGGAUACAUGCGAGAUGACUUUAACCACACUAACAAGCCAAUAUCAUUCACUCAACAUUUUCAAAACAGUAGGUAUGUAGAAUCAAUACUUGACCUUUAUUGGGAACUUCCACCUGUAGCUGGCCCGUCACUUACUCAUCAAACAAGAUAUGAUCCAGCCCGUGCACCCAGUCCAAUUGUUGAAGAUGGAAGAUAUCGCCUGUUUCAAAGGCUUGGUUUAUCUAAACUCGAGCCUUCUGUGUUUAAUGGGUACACUCAAAUGGUAUACGUUAAGAUAUCCCCAAAAGAAUCAUAGCGUGCAGUUUUAUGUUGUUUGCGCACAAGUUUAAUAGGCUCGUAUUGUGAUAAUACCCAUGUAUGUUGAUAUUAUACACUUGUUACAGCAUUUGUUCGCAAGUAGUGUGGUAUUUAGAUUA